AUGAUUUCUAAACUCCUUGGAUUUCAGUUUGACAGCCCAGAAGCAGCUAGAAGAGAUGCAGACUUCCUCACUGUGAAUGGGAUUCUGGGGGAAUCAGUCACUUUCCCCUUAAAUAUCCAAGAAUCGCAGCAAGUUACCAGCAUUACUUGGACUUCUGGAACAUCUGUUGCUUUUGUAACACCAGGAGACUCAGGAACAGCACCCAAAGUUUUUGUGACUCACAGUAAUUAUGAUGAACGAAUACGUGUCUUAGGUCAAAACUACAACCUGGUCAUUAACGAUCUGCGGAUGGAAGAUGCAGGAGACUACAAGGCAGACAUACGCAUAUACAUAGAGAACUUUUCCCAGACCAUCACCAAGUGCUACAACCUACAAGUCUAUCGUCGGCUGGGGAAACCAAAAAUUACACAGAGUUUAAUGACAUCUGUGAACAGCACCUGUAAUGUCACACUGACAUGCUCUGUGGACAAAGAAGAAAAGAAUGUGACAUACAGCUGGAGUCCCCUGGGAAAAGAGGGUAAUGUCCUUCAAAUCUUCCAGACCCCUGAGGACCAUGAGCUGACUUACACGUGUACAGCCUGGAACCCCGUCAGCAACAAUUCUGAGUCCAUCUCUGCCCAGCGGCUCUGUACAGACACCACAAUGGGCUUCCGUACUCACCAUACCAGGUUGCUGACUAUGCUGGCUGGGUUCUUUCUGAUUAGUCUCAUUCUAUCUUCGGUGUUUUUGUUCCAUUUGUGCAAGAGAAGACAAGGUUCCUACUUGAAGACCUUCACUAACAGCUCUGAUGCUGUAUCAAAGAAAACAAUAUACACAUACAUCACAGUUUCAAGAGAUGCCCAGCCAGCAGAGUCCAGAAUCUAUGAUGAAAUCCCUCAGUCCAAGGUGCCGCCCUCCAAGGAAGAGCCAGCAAACACGGUCUAUUCCAUUCUGCAGUUCUCUGAUAAGAUGGGGAAAACCAGCACACAGGACAGCAAACCUCUGGGAACUUCAAGCUAUGAAAUUGUGAUCUAGGCUGCCAGACAGAGUUCUCCCUCUGGAAACUGAGACACAACCACCAAUACUGGCAGGUGCCCUGGACCCAGCCCUUCUCUGCCCAGCUGUUACUGGGAGAUUGCAAAUCACCACAUCCCAACAUGUAAGC